AUGUCCCGCCAGUCGAUCUGCAGAAGCUUUGGAGGAGGAAGCAGAAGGGGCUACAGCUCUUGCUCUGCCGUUGGUGGUGGCUUUGGAGGAUGUGGGUCCAGAAGCAGGAUCAGCUAUAGCUCCUUCUCCACAUCCAGGGGAGUCGGAGGCAGCGGACGCUGUGGAGGUUUUAGCAGCAGGAGCCUCCAUAACUUGGGUGGCAGCGGAAGGAUUUCCAUGGGUGGCUCUUAUGGCGGUGGAUGUAGGAUUGGUGGCUUUGGUGGAGGCUAUGGAGGAGGAUUUGGCAGCAUUGGAGGAGGUGUCAUUGGUGGAGGAAUAGGCAGCUUUGGUGGUCCCGGGAGAGGUGGUCCUGGGUUCCCUGGAGGCAUCCAACCCGUGCAGGUUGACCCAACCCUCCUGCGGCCGGUCCACGUUGAUAUCGAUCCUCAGAUCCAACAAGUGAGGUGCCAGGAGAAGGAGCAGAUCAAGACUCUUAACAACCAGUUUGCCUCUUUCAUCGACAAGGUCCGAUUCCUGGAGCAACAGAACAAGGUCCUCUCCACCAAGUGGGAGCUCCUCCAGCAGCAAGGGCCCUCGGCUCCCAGGAAAAACCUCGAUGUCAUCUUUGAGAGCUACAUCCAGAACUUGAGGAAGAGGGUAGAGGCACUGAUGGGACAGAGGGGACAGCUGGAGUCAGAGCUGCAGAACAUGAGGCAGUACGUGGAGGAGUACAAAUGCAAGUAUGAAGAAGAAAUCAACAGGCGCACAGCUGCUGAGAAUGAGUUUGUGGUGCUCAAGAAGGACGUGGACUGUGCCUACAUGACCAAAGUGGAGUUGGAAGCCAAGGUGGGAGCUCUGACGGAUGAAAUCAACUUCCUGAGGUGCAUCUACGAGGAGGAGCUGUCCCAGAUGCAGAACAUCAGCCGGGACCUGUCGGUGGUGGUGUCCAUGGACAACAACCGUCACCUGGAUCUGGACAGCAUCAUCGAGGAGGUCAGGAGGCAGUACGAGCAGAUCGCUCAGAGCAGCCGGGCUGAAGCUGAGGCGUGGUACCAGAGCCAGUAUGAAGAGCUGCAGAGCACUGCUGGAAGGCACGGGGACAAUCUCCGCAACACCAAGAUAGAGAUCCAGGAGCUGACCAGGAGUGUCCAGAGGCUGCGAGCUGAGAUUGAGAGCAUCAAGAAGCAGAACCAGCAGCUGCAGUCAGCAAUUGCAGAGGCUGAGGAGCGUGGGGAGAUGGCCCUGAAGGAUGCCAGGAGGAAGCUGGAGGAGCUGGAAUGUGCCCUGCAGAAAGACAAGGAGGAGCUGGCUCGCUUGCUGAAGGAGUACCAGGAGCUGCUGAACAUCAAGAUCGCGCUGGACGUUGAGAUUGCCAUGUACAGGAAGCUGCUGGAGGGGGAGGAGAACAGGCUGUGUGGAGACAACCCGUCCAACGUCAACGUCUCUGUUGUGGGCAGAACCACCAUUGCUGGUGGCAGAGCUGGUGGCUUUGGAGCCGGCAGUGGCUUGGGAGGAGGAGGAGGAGUGAGUACCGUGGGAGGAGGAAGCAUCAUUGGUGGCAGCUGUGGCUUGGGAGGAGGAAUCCUCGGCGGUGGCUUCUCCUCUGGAAGUGGAAGAAUCUGCAGCUCUGGAGGUGGCAGCUUCGUGGCAGGGGGUGGCUCCUCCUCGGUGAGGAGAUGUGUCACCACCACGAUGGUCAAGUCCUCAGGUGUCAAAUACUGA